GUCAUCGAAUUCAAUCAAGUAUUUGAGAAGUGGGAUAUUCUCCGGUCUCUCGUCUCUCCAGUAUCUUCUUCUAACUGAUAACUCUAUACACGUUAUAGAUGGACAUGCGUUUGGAUCAUUGAAGUCCCUUAAAUACCUGUUCUUCCUUGGAACUGAACUAGGACCUGUAAACCCGGAUGCACUUGCUGGAUUGAAAUCCCUGGAGAAGAUGUCUACCUCUGACAAUCGCCUGUGUUGUCUUCUAAAUGACAAGAAAAACGUCAGCUUAAACGUCACAUGCGCUACGACAUCUCAGACUAGCCCCUUGGAUACGUGUAGUAGGUUAUAUCCAAAUUUGGCCUUGAGAUUUGCCGGUUGGAUCAUGGGGUUGCUGGCUUUAGGUGGCAAUGGCGCAGUUCUCUUUAUUCGACUGCGGGAUAGGAAAAAGCAAAAGAACAAGGUCCAGAAUAAUAUGAUAAGCAGUUUAGCAUUGGCUGAUAUUUUGAUGGGGCUUUACAUGAUAAUUAUUACUUCAGCCGAUCUGACGUAUGGGGAUGGGUUCUAUCUCAGGGCUCCUCAGUGGAGGGAUUCUCAUAUGUGUCGGUUCGCUGGUUUCCUUGGAUUCCUAUCGAGUGAGGCAUCGGUCUUGACCCUGACCUUGAUCACAGUGGAUCGGUUCAUAUGCAUCGUGUUCCCAUUCAGGCCAGAGCUAAAAAUUCAGCAUAAGGGGUCCUUGAUUCUUGUCGGUUCAGUUUGGGCGUUCACCAUAUUGUUGAGUCUAGGGCUAGUGGUUAUUACAUCAUACAAACCUGAUGUAUACGGACUCUCUGAUGUGUGCCUUGGUCUUCCGCUACAUGUCGAAGCUGUGGACACGGGGGUAUUGGAAAUCACUGGAGAUUUCUUCUUUGAAUAUCAGGUAAAUUACAAGAUCACUGAUGUCAGCUCAAGACCUCCAUGGCUAUUCUCCAUCAUAAUCUUUAUUGGUUUUAAUCUGGUUUCCUUUGCUUUCAUCUUGAUCUGUUAUAUCAUGAUUUUUAUCGAGUCCUCUAAAGCCUCGGAGAAAGCCCGUAAAAGCAAAUCCAAUAAGCAAGAGACCAAGUUGGCUGUUCGUAUGGCGCUACUUGUUGCUACUGAUCUUGCCUGUUGGAUGCCGGUGAUCAUCAUGGGAAUUCUUUCUCAAAGUGGCGCCGUCACCCUCCCUCCUUCCCUCUACGCCUGGACAGUAAUUCUCAUUGUCCCUAUCAACUCGUCAAUCAACCCUUUCUUGUAUACCUUCAUAGUGCACAUCGAUGGCAUGAAAAAGAAAAGGAAGAAGAUGGAGAGCAAGGAAAAACAAGUUGGUUUGCAACAGGUCCAAAAAAAGCAAACGGGAAACCAGCCUUCCGCGUCAACUGAUGCUACUGACAAGAAAACCAGGAUGGUGAUUCCCGAUUCCCGCACAUAAGCAAGUUGCUUUCAAUGAGGACGCCUCGUUGUUUGAGCAUGGGCAAUAUAUCUUCUUUAUGGUACUAUACAGUAUAGGUUUACUGUAAUAUGUAAAGGGGCUGUCAUACCCAUACGUCUUACUCAGCCUGUGCGGACGUUCUUGAUAUCAAGAUUAACAUUUACAAAAUAUCAAGAAUUCAGUUUUUUUUAACG